GGCGCGGAGGGAAGCCGCCCCGGCGUGCCCGCUGCAAAGCCGGAGGCCGGGCGGCGCGAUGGAGCCGGCUCCGGACCUGGGGCUCGGGGACUCGUCCCUGCACCGCUACCUGGACGGCGAGUUCUGGAGCCUCAAGAACGAGCUCCGCAGGCUCCUGGGAGGCAGCCCGCUCUUCCGCCACAGGUUUGAUUUAAAUCUGGAUGAAAUGAGAGCUUUAACAUUUCAAAGAGUGCAGUUUAUCAUGGGUCUACCUCUGUUAAAACGUGCAAUUCAGGAACAGGCAGAAAAAACAAAGAAUUUUGUCAGUCGGAGCCUGGUCAUAGGAGAGGUCCUCUCCAUGGCGGACAUGGCCACAGCAGUCAAGUGUGGAAUAAUUUAUUGGCUAUUCGGUGGGGCAGUCAGGAAUCUCGGAAGCCCGGGGCAUGUGACUAAGUGGCUUCAGCCACUCCAGGAGCAGAAAUACACUGGGAUGUUUGCAAUGACGGAGAGGGGCCACGGGAGCAAUGUGAGAGGGGUCCAGACCCAAGCCACCUUUGACCCCUCUGCGCAGGAGUUCGUGAUCGACACGCCGUGCGAGAACGCUGAGAAGAUGUACAUCGGGAAUGCGAUGUAUGGGAACUACGCGGCGGUCUUCGCUCAGCUCAUCACAAAGGGAAGAUCUCAAGGGCCCCACUGUUUCAUUGUUCCUGUCCGCGAUGCAAACGGAAGCUUGUACCCAGGAGUGACAGCCAUUGAUAUGAUGUACAAAGAAGGUCUACAUGGUGUGGAUAAUGGGAUUUUAAUAUUUCACAAGGUUCGGAUACCAAGGGAGAACCUGCUGGAUAAGUUUGGCUCUGUGGCUCCGGAUGGGCGGUACCAUUCCCCUAUUAAGAACAAGAGUGCAAGAUUCAAUGUGAUGCUGGCAGCGCUGACCCCUUCAAGAUUAGCUGUGACUUUCCAAGCUCUGGGUGCCAUGAAGCUUGGGUUGACGAUAGCCAUUCGCUAUAGCCACAGCCGGAGGCAGUUUGGGCCUAAAGCCAAGGAAGAAGUCAAGAUCAUUGAGCACCAAACACAGACCCUUCGGCUCAUGCCUCACCUGGCCACAGCCUUGGCCUUGACCUUCGCCAGCAGGUAUGCCGGGGUCCUCCUGGACGAGGACAUCUUCCAUGGGAAGGAGCUCGUGGACAGUCGCCCCUUGCAGGCCCUGGUGGCGGGGCUGAAGGCCUACAGUACGUGGGAGAACGUCAGCUGCCUGCAGGACUGCCGCGAGUGCACGGGAGGCAUGGGUUACAUGAUGGAAAACCGGAUCUCUGGCCUCAAAUGUGACGCAGAUGUGUUUGUAACUUUUGAAGGUGACAAUGUUGUUAUGCUGCAGGUUGUGGUCCGGGAGCUGCUGGCUCAGCGCAUCAAACAGCAUCAAGAGAAGCCAGUCUCCACCUUGUUCCGAAACUGGGCCGAGUCUGGGAGUGACAAGCUGAGAACCAGUUUCCUGGCAUUUGGUGUGGACACAGUCGGUAAUCUCACCUUUCUGUUGAAAGCAGUGAAUUUUCGUGAAAGGGUUCUUCAGCGGAGUUUGGUGGCCAGAAUUCAUUAUAAGGUGAUGACCAAGAGAGAGGACUUUUUCAGUGCCUGGAACUCGUGUCUUCAUCAUGUUGCCUCCCUGUCUCUGGCGCACAUUCACAGAGUUACUCUAGAGCAGUUCUGGCUGGCGGUAAGGAGCUGUCCUGACCAAGAGGACCAGGCUUUGUUAAUGAAGUUUUGUCUGCUAUAUGGAACCAAGCUGGUAUUCCAGGAGCGAGCCUGGUAUCUAGAACAUAAAUACUUGACCCCCACGGCCAGCACGAGGAUUAGGAGUCAGUUGCUGGAUUUGUGCGACUCGGUGAAGGAUGAUGCCCUGAGGGUGAUCUCCGCCUUUAACAUUCCACACACCUCCCUCCAUGCACCCAUCGCCGGAAUCACCACCGCGCAGGCCGCCUGGGCCUUCUAUCCUGCACCGCCGCUGCAACCCCAGGCCCGGGAAGGGGCGCGCUCUCAGCAGCCCAAGCUGGGAGCCAAGUUAUAGCGGGCGUGGCGGGAAGGGUGGUGGCUCGCUCGCAGCUGCCACGACACUAGCUUCUCUGACGCCUGGAGCUGGGGCGGAGGACGGCCUGGCACGCGCUGGGCCUCUCGGCCCUCGGGGAACUUUGGUCGCAGAGCAGGGUUCCCACCGAGGCUGGCGCGGUGCGCAAUGGGCUGUUGGGGAAGGAAGCCAGGCGGCAGCCCCGGAACACGGACGGACCCAGCAGCAACCUCGCCCAGCUUGGGCACCGCAUCUCCCUGGGCAGUGAGUUCCCCUGCGAGCAUGCCCCACACCCGGGUGCCGCCGAAGGUCUCCUGCUUUCAGCGGUGAUUCACAUUCACAGUGAUUUUGGGGAAACUCACUGGUGCUGCGUGGGGGGAAAAAAUCAAAACAUAAAAGUCAAACACUCGUGGGCAAAGUGAUGCUUUUCCAGUGAAUCAGACCCCCUUGGAGUCUUAGAGGAAACGCAUGGAAGGGGAAAGGGGAGCGUGUGCCUGGCGUUUUGCUCCCCCCAAGAGCGCGAACUCUGGCUCGUCCUUUCUGGCAGAUGGCUUCCGGACCGUGAGACAACGAGCGGAAAAUAUUUGUGCCAUACGAAAUUGUAAUCUGUUCUUUAGAGGAGCAUAGGCAACAAAGCUUAAUAAAGACAUUAAGCCAUGG